AUGCCUCGCGGUACGCAUCUGAGCCAGCAUGAACAAGGGCAGAUCCAGGCUCUUCGUCUCAACAAUUGGACAAUUAGGCGAAUUGCAGCGCAUCUCUCGCGCUCCCGUAACGUAUUAGCCACGUUUUUAAGGAACCCGGGCCUGUACGGGAAGAAGAAAAUGCCCGGUAGGCCCCCCAAACUCACCGCCAUGGCUCGACGUGCUCUCUUGCGCGAAGCCCACAAAGGGCAUUUCUGUUCUUCAGAGUUGGUUAAGACCCUUAGUCUUCUUGUAACUCCAUCUACUGUGCGAAGUAUCCUACGUGCCACGCCAACUAUUCAGUACAGCAAAAUGGUCCCCGCUCCGAUGAUGCUCCCGAGACACAAAAUUGCACGGGAGCAGUGGUGUCGCCAAAAGGUCACUUGGACGGUGUCGGAUUGGAUGAAUGUGGUGUGGUCGGACGAGACGAAAUUCAACUUGGAUGGGCCGGAUGGGUUCGGGUACUAUUGGCACGAUUUACGGACCGACAAGCGGAUGUUCUCAAAACGGCAGCAGGGUGGGGAUUCUGUAAUGGUUUGGGGCGCUUUUUCUGGUACUAAGAAGUGCGAGCUCGCCGUUUUAAAUGGAAAACUGGAUGCUAUUAAGUAUAUGGAUAUAUUAGAGUCUUAUCUUUUGCCGUUUGUGGAUCAAGAAAUGGGUCCAACUUGGGUGCUUAUGCAAGAUGGUGCAUCCAUACACCGCGCUAGACGUACUUUUCAGUGGUUUGACGAGGAGGAAAUUCCUCUCUUAGAGUGGCCUGCCAAGUCACCUGACCUGAAUCCUAUCGAGAAUUUAUGCGGCAUCCCAGCGCGAACUGUUUAUGCCCACCAACGUCAAUUUAAGGACGUGGAUGAGCUUUUAGAAGUUAUAAUGGAAUGGGACAAAGUUUCAGAAGAAUGCCUGAAAAACCUUGUCCGUUCCAUGCAAAAGCGGUGCUUUGAGUGUUUAAUGGCAAAGGGAGGUCCGACGAAGUACUAG